UCAAAGGUCACACUAGGGCAAACCCGGAUGAGUGACGUCAUUCAUAAAACUCGCCAUCUUUUGGGUCUCAUCUGUAUAUAAUUUGUAGGUGUGUGAAAACACCCCCAGAAAAUUCAUCAAAAUGGCUGCACCACCACCACCACAACCAGCGCCCUCCAACAAGAGGUUACAACAGACUCAAGCACAAGUAGAUGAGGUUGUGGAUAUUAUGAGAGUAAAUGUUGACAAAGUUCUUGAGCGAGAUCAGGCGCUAUCAGUCUUGGAUGACCGUGCAGAUGCCCUCCAGCAAGGAGCAUCACAGUUUGAGACGAAUGCUGGCAAACUCAAACGGAAGUACUGGUGGAAAAACUGCAAGAUGAUGAUCAUCCUAGCAAUUAUUAUCAUUGUCAUUUUAAUAAUCAUUAUCGUCGCUAUCGUGCAAAGCCAAAAAAAGUAACACACACAGGGAACCAGCUUUAGCACCAUCAAAGGAAAAAAAAGGAAUAUCUCAACAAGUCAUCUUCCCCUGGCCGACUCCGACGCAUCUCCGCAAGGUCAAAGGUCACCCCGCUCAUUUGUCCCAGGUGAAAGGUCAUCAGCUGCACACUGAACCUUGAGAGGCAAAUAUCCUGUGAAUCGACCAUCUCUACAUUUCUGUAAACUUUUACGGGGAAAGUCUAUUUUUAAUAAGGUAACCGGUGUAUUUAAAAGGAAUGGUAGUUAUCCUUUAAGAUGUUAUGGGAAGGACUAAUCUUAAUCUCUCAUUUUAAGUUUGACUAAUCCCUUUCAGAUCAGUUUCAUCAAAAGUUUCAUGGCCCGUAGCAGAAAUUAAAAAAAUAUCAUAGUAUAUCAGGCCAACCAUAAUGAGUAUGGUUUCAAUGUCAUUAUUAUUGUUGUUAUUAUAUCAUUCAUAUAAUUAUUGUAAGUGAUUACUAUUCAUUAUCAUUGAUAAUAUUAUUGUUGAGAACAGUACAUACCCAUUUUGAAAAGGGGCUCAGAAAAUAGAGAAAAGGCAGUACCAAUGCAAAGACUUUGUGAAUUAUCUGCACAUGAUUUAUAGGCGUUCGGCAUCCUAACUCUUUAUUUCAAUGCUCGAAGCGGGUAUUUUUAUCACAAACCUGCGCAGAAUAUUGCCAAAUUACGAGUGGAAAUUUUUUUUGGAAUUGGGACAGUGAACAAAUAAAUAUCAUUUUGGCUGCUAUCUGUAAUUCUUGACCAUAUUUCCGGAGCAUAAUAUGAUAUGGUUGUGCAGAAGCACUGCAUGCUCUCUGCCGAGCGUUAGUAAGGCAUUAACUUCCAUGAGGUUAACAGCCUUCUGACUAUCAACGGAUGAAACGUGCAAUCGUGCAUGCACAGUGUCAGCCAGAUUGAAAUGCAAAUGAACAUUGGAAAUGCAAAUUAAAAAAUGAGAUCCGUACCACACAUUUGGAGAAGACUAAACAACUCCAUCUCUCUUAUUUGAAGUUAACAGGGCUGAAUCUUUGAAAUAGUUUGAAUAGAAUCGGUAUGAAAUCGAUAUGCUGUGUUAUUAAACAAAAACAAAAAGUAAUGGUGGUUAACUUUAACAAGGUAUGACAUAUAUUCCAUACGUGGCCCUCUUGAAUGAAAUAAUUAUUCUAAAUUCUUUACUUUCUGAGCCCUUUUUUAAGACAUUCGUUGUAAUUUGUAGAUUGUAGCGCAUAUAUUUGUAAUAAAUCAAUAAAAAGACAAUGAAACAAAUUUGUGGUUAUUGUAUGACGGCGAAAAAAAGGGAAAUUUUAGCUACGUUAUUCUGUGUAUAGCAGUAACGAUUCGUUAUUUAGAAAAUACAUGUUAUUUAAAUAAGAGAAGAGAAAUUUAAGCAUGUAUGUGAAUUGUAUGUAUAUAUUCUCCUUUAAAUCUGCAAUCCAAAUAACUAUAUGUAAAGUGUCUUUUGUUUUAGUAUAUUCAAUGUUAGAUUUGUAUCUUCAACAAACAGAUUAUUGUAUAAUUGGUGUUAACCAAGAAAAAACACCACACCCUAUUAUAUAUUGGUACAAACAGAAUGUUCUGGUAAUUUUUAUUGCAUUAUUAAAAAUUUAUUAUAUAGUAUGUGUUGCCGUAUCUAGUAAGUAUGCAACUUGUUUAGCAUCGUGUAGAUAAUAUUUACGAUAUGAUUUGACUCUUUCAAGAAUUUGUUUUCUUCUCAAAAAAAUUUGUAUUAAGCUUCACAUACUAAUGUUAACUCAUUUGACAUUCAGGGUGUUUUUCUCUCACUUUUUUCGUUUUCAGUAAGAAAUGGUAGAUACAGGCUUUUCUUCCCAUUAUAGAAGCAUAAGUGCAAUAAAUGCAUAAUCUAUUAAAUGGAUAGUGAUAAAAUAGUACUUUAAAGGAUUUGUCAUUCAAAAAGCGUAUUGGGGAUAUGAAAAACAUCUGAUUUAUGACAAAAAUAUUUACCAAACUUUUGAUUCCACAUUCAUUUUUCUUUUCUCCCCAUGCUGAUUAGACAUUGUUUAUUGGUUAUAUGGCAUUGAAAACUUGUCAUGAUUCCAGAUAUUACUGAAAUUGCUGCCUCAUAAAAUGGCAAAUUUAUGGCACACAUGUCAACUGUAAAACAAUAAAGUAAAGCAAACGUUGUGUAACAAUGUCGCACAAGCAUUUUUAUGUAGAAUGCAAGUUGUAUUCACCUAUCGACAUGCAGGCACUAUAAUCUUUGAGCUAAAAGUUGUCAUCUGUGUAAUUAUACUCCUCACAAAAAAUAGCAUACAAAAGCAUGAUUAUAAAUUGUGUUGUUAUGACUUUAUUACAAAAAAAAUGUUGUUCCUUGUUGGAAACUUAUUUUUACAUUCCAUUCACUAAUUUUGCAAGUUUAAAUAUCUUCUUGAAGCAGCAUCCCUGCCAAUGAACCAUGGAAUGUUUAACGAUGCAUCUACAAAGUGAUAAAGUCCUAAAUUAUCAACACAAAAUAAAUCCCUUACUCUGUAUGUUCAAAUUAAUAUAAAUCAAAGAAUUCUUGUUGAAUUCUUUGCAAGUUUAUACAGUGAAUAUAAGAUGUGAUGCCAUCUCAAAAACUCUGUCCUACUGAAACUAUAUGUGAUUGAACUGUGAUGCAAAAAGUACUUUGUUGCCAAGCUGUAUACAAGCUACAACCCUUUACUCUGUUCAUACAAUGAUUUUAAACCGUUGUACGAUCCAUCUGGUCUGAAUGAACCACCGGUGUGAAUGAGGAUUGUGGGGAUGUAGCCCUGGGUCUCUGCCCUUGUUUCACAAAACCAUCAGAAGUAAGAGUUUGCCGACAUCCCAUUGAAGCUUGUGAACAACGUUUCAUGGGAUGUGAGCAAACUUGUACAAAUGAUGGUUUCGUGAAACAACGCCCAGAUGGAUUUGACACCGGAUUUAAUUCUGGGCAGGAAGAGGGUCGUAUUAACAUUCCAUCUCAAAGUCUAUUUCUUUGCGUGGCAGAAGACUAGCAUUAGUUUAUUUUUUCAAGUUUCCGCUCUUGUAUUAUAAAAACAAACAAACAUGUAUACAUAUAUAUUGAAGAUAUUGAAAAAAUUCUACUAGAGAUGACUAGAAGUUUGAAUUGGUGGAGAUUGUGUAAAGUUCCGUUUUUGGUUGAUUUUAUUUUUCCUGUGUUACAUUAUGUUACUCCAUGCUAGAAAUUGAUUUGAUAUUUAAAAGAGGAUUUUUCUUUCUUCAGAGUGUCCCCCGUUGGCUUUAAAAAAAAAUGUAAUUAUUUUAUAGAGCAGACGUGAUCUUGCUUAUUGUUAAUGUGUGGCAGACUGGCAGUAGCAUAUUAUUCCUGGGAGCUCGUAAGAAAUUGGAAAAUUGGGGAUUUGGAAGCUUAGAAGGCACAUUUUGGGCGGAUGAGAGGAUUAAUAUAUCAUCACUAUUCAUGUGAUGGUAUACUCCACUGUAGGAACCUUUGUACUAUCCACCACUUCAAGAUUUGAAGGAUGAUUUACUGUCUGGUGAGAUGCAGAAGGGUGUUAUCUCCAUGUCAAAUGAAUGAGUUAACUCCCUUUUGGCUCUCACGAUAUGUCAUUCAUCUGACGUUUAAAAGAUAUGGUACAAGGUCUGUGGAAAAGUAGGGUUCAAGGGGCUCCAGCACGCCCCACAUUUUUUCAAUUUAUAAAUCAACAGUCUUGCAUAGUCACAUAAAUUUGGACCUUUUCACUGAAAUUGAGCACCCCUCGUGUUGCACAUAUUCAACAGUGCAUAUGAUGGCUGGUGAGGGGAUUAUUUGGCAAAAAUACUUGUCUCAAAAUUCAGGUUGGAAAAAAUAAUAAAAACAUACAUUCAGUUGAGCACAAAAGAAGCUAAAGACGUACUCGUAUUUAUGAAUUCAAGAUCCUUGAUUGUUAAACGAUAUUAUGCGAUCGAGUAUGCUUUUAUAGAUACUGAAGGAAUACUGUACUGUGUUCUUUCCAUCAAUGCACUACUAUUUGAACACGAAGAGAAAUAAAAAGUAGUUAUUCCACAUUUUAAACCAGAAUAAAUUGGAAGUGGUUCUGAUUAUAUACUUCUGGAUUAAUCUUUAAACUGCCAUGAAUGUGCUACCUUCCGAAUAGAAACAUAAUUGGGAAUUUAAAAAAAAAAGUGAAACUGAACCUUAAGCGCAUGUUAGAGUCGUUUCCUGGUAUUCAAUUUAGUAUUAAUGUUGUAUCUUUAUACAUGUAUCUCGAUGUUAAAAAAGUUAAGAAUAAGCAAUGAUCUAAAAAAAACAAAUGACGUUCAUGGUUAGCUUCCACAUUUGCAGUGAAAAAAUAUUUGUUCUAGAAAAGUCACCAUUCGUAUGAGUAAAGAAAAUAUUAAAUGUAUAUUGUAUUUGUGUUACAUGUUAAUAAACAUGAUUGUGAUGAAAAAUACA